AUGUACCAUGUUCAACCUUGAUGAUACUUUCCCUGUUACCAUUUACCUUUACCUUUGAAGCCUUACCAUUAAUGACCAGUAGCGAUGGAUUUGCCGUCUUUUUUAACACCUAUUCCUUCAUUUACAUAUUGAUUGGUUCAUUUUUAGCAUUUCUCAUGGAAUUGAGUGAAUACCUGUUGAUAACAUACACCUCAAGUUUAACCCUUUCGAUUGCUGGUAUAUUCAAGGAAGUAUUCACCUUAUACAUUGCAAUUGAAUAUUCUCGUGAUGAAAUCAGCAGAUUCAAUGCAAUCGGAUUAGCUGUUUGUUUAACCGGAAUUUCACUUCAUGUUUAUAUACGUGCACGUGAAAUGGUCAAAGUUACCGAUAAACGAGCAUCUCAAUCAACUGAACACCUUAUGGAAACAGAGCAAUUGCUAAUCAAUGGAACUGAGGACAUUUAA